AUAACCUCCAAAUUUUGUUUAACAUAACCUCUUUAUAUUCGCGUUAUAUUAACAUAAAGUACCGUUAUUUGUUGGUCCAUAAUUAAAAUUAAUUCUUUAUAUAGCCUUUAUUUACAUUAAUAUUCUUUUACUAUUAUUAUAAACAAAUAUGGCUAUUACAUUGUAUCAUUUUCCGCUCAGUGGUCCAUCAAGGGGUGCUCUUUUAGCCGCCAAAGCUGUUGGAGUUGAUGUCGACGUCCAGUUUCUGGAUUUAUUCGCUAAAGAGCAACUAAAACCAGACUUUAUCAAAAUAAAUCCUCAACAUACUGUACCUACCUUGGUUGAUGGGGACUUUGUUUUAUGGGACAGUCAUGCAAUUGCUACUUACUUGGCCAGUACCUAUGCAAAGGAUAAAAAUAUUUAUCCUACAGAUCCCAAGAAAAAAGCUUUAGUAGAUCAAAGACUGUACUUUGAUGUUGGAACACUUUAUCCUAGAAUCAGACAAAUAUGUUUUCCAGUGCUAUUCUUGGGUGAAAAUCAGAUUUAUGAUGAACAUAAACAGUCCUUGGAAGAAGCUUUAGGAUUUCUUGAUGUGUUUCUUCAAGAUAAUGAUUUUGUUGCCGGCAGUAAUUUAACAAUCGCCGAUUGUUCCCUAGUUGCUUCUGUUUCAACUAUUGUGGCAAUUGGAUGGGACAUUUCACCUUAUAGUAAUGUAGCUGCUUGGGUAUCACGGUGCGCCCUGGCAAUUCCAGGAUAUGCUGAAGCAAAUCAAGAAGGAGCUGAAGCUUUUGGUAAAGCAGUCAGAAGUAAACUGGCUGCUGGUCAAAUUUAAUUGCACAUGUAUUUUUUUGAAAAUAAAUUUUAUAUUCUCAUAAA